AUGGAAGCGGAGAAAGAAAUAGCUUGUGUUGACGCUAAAGAAAAUGGCCGCAAUCCAAUUUAUUCAGCAAUAGUGAAGGAAAACGUGAAUUCUUUAUUUAUGUCGAACAGUAUCUUGAUAGUUACUGAUAGAUCUCUCGAUAUUUACAAUAAAAAGAACAUUUGUCUUAAAGAUUCACUUUCACUUCUUCAACUAAGAUCAUUAUCAUAUGUAGAUCAAAACAUCAUCAUCAAAUACGGAAAAGAGAAAGCAAAAAUUGAAUCAAAAACAAAUUCAUUGGAAAUUUUAUCAUCAAUUCUUCAUGUAAUACAAAAAUUAUUCAAUGAAACAGAGCUGAAAUCCAUGAAUUUCGAUAGUUUUGACUUUCCGCCUACUAAUAACUUUCGAAAUGCGGCAAUAAUUUCAUUAAAAGAGAGACUACGAAUUAAUAAUAUUGAAUUUCCUACUCAGUUAGAGCAGUACUUCUCAAAAGUUCUUGAAAGACAUGAAGAUACAGCGAUUUUUAAAGGAAUUAAUGAAAAUAUUUUAAUAAAUUUAGUAAAAGUACUUCCAUUAUGUCCAGACCUUAAAACAGUUAUAUUCGAGGAUAUCAAAUACGAUAUUUACAAGAUACUUCUCGAAAAUUCAAAUUGUUUAUCAAAAUUAAAAUGCGUCAAAAUAGAUGCGAAAGCAACCGAAAGUUUUCCAAAGUUUAUAAAUACUUUAUGUGAUACAUCCAAAUUCAGUUUUAAUGGCUUUGGAUUUCGGAAUUCAGAUUUAUCAAAUGAUAAUUUAGCGGCAGUCUGUCAAUUAACAGAAGUACACAAGCUUACAUCACUAUCUCUGAACAAUGCUAUCAAUAAUACCGCACUUCCAUACUUCUAUACUGGUUUCUUUUCUCCAAUUUUAAAAACAAACAUAAUUUCAUUAGAUUUAUCAUAUACAAGGAAUAUAAAUUUAGACCAACUUUUACCAUCAAUCAAAUUCUUGACACAUCUUUCACUUGCAUACACGAAUCAUAAUGUUUCAGAUAUAUUAAGUAAAAUUUCAUCAAAUUCCCUUUAUUUGUUGCGAACAUUAGAUAUAUCAGGCAACUCCUGUGAAGAAAGGAACCUCUCUUCCAUACAAUUUAUGAAGCCAUUGACUAGAAUUAUUGCAAAUGAAAUUACUUGGCCAAAAAAGACGUUACUUAACAUAUUUAAGAUGGUCAGCUGCCGAGGACCAAUAUAUCCAAUACAUAUUCAUGUCAGUGACGCGUUAAUGAGCCCUUCUGACUGGAAUUCCUUUUUUGAUGAGUUAGAAAACGUAAAUAACUUCAAUUUGGUUGGUUUGGAGUGGAAUGGAAAUCCAAUGCGACCAGAAUUAUGCAAUUUCCUUCAAGGAAUGAAAGAAUUUCAAACUUUAUCUGUUGAUAGGGUCUUCGAUGAUGAACCAGACUCAUUUUUCCUUCAGUACCUUCAACAGUCAAAUAUAAAGUACCUCUCAAUUCGUGGCCAGGAGAGUAAAAAGAUAGGUCGUGGAAUUUCUGCUCUUAUUAAGAGUUUGGCAAUAUCGAAGAUAGAAGAAAUUGAUAUCAGCGGUAAUGCCAUUGGUGAUACAGGUAUUUCCAGCCUUCGCCAGCUUCAAAAAUCAAAGUUACAAAGAAUAUUUUUCGAUAAUAACGGGGAAACAAGCGAUGAAACACUUAUUGAAUCAUUGACAUCAUGCAAUAACCUUGUUCCUCCUGUUGAUGACCUCGAAAGACUUCCUGCCGCCAAAAAUUUCGUUGUUCGAAGAAUGAAUCUCAAAAUUUCUGAGAAAAAAACAACAAACUACAGUCUCCCCAUUGAUUCACCAUACUAUGAUGCAUAUGGAUACGUUCUUCCUGCAAGAGAGCAUGUUUUCCCUUCAUUUUUCACUAUAGAAGAAGCCGAUGAAAUCCGAAAGAAAGCUUUUGACACAAAUGAAACAAUUCAGAAGCAAAACAACACGGAAAACACUACAAGACAUCGCAGGAUUGUUAAUAUCUCUUCUCUCAUUAAAACAGAACCUAUUUCACAGCCUCCUCCGGUUUCUCCACCUCCUAAAAGACGUCAACUCAUCAAACAAAAACAAGAAGAAAAACCGCCAGAAAUCCAACCGCAAAAACCGCCAAAAAUCAUUGAAAAAGAUAAUCGUUAUUUCGAUGAUUCAAGUGAGAAUGAUUAUAACACAUUCACUGUUGACACAAUGGUACCCAUUGGCGAUGAUAUUAACACAAUGGAUUUGAUGGAUGAUGAAGGAAAUGUGAUUGGAGAAUUAAAAGAACCAGAACCAGUAAAAGUCAUCGUUUUAGAGGACGAAAAAGAAGAAGAGAAAGAAAAAGAGAAUAUUGAGGAAAACAGUGCCAAACAGAGAAUGGUGAAGAGCAAUGAGCCCCCUCAAUACAUCAAAAUCCAUAAAAGAAGAGGAAAACAAGUAAACGAAUUAUCUCGUUCAGAAAAAUCUUCUGAAAUUAACGAUCAACAAUUCAAUAGUCGUAAAAUCAAAUUACGGGAAGACGAUGAAAUGAUCAUACCACAAAACAACAUACAGACACAGCCAUUGUCUCCUUCCAAACGCAAAAUAGCAGCUCCUUCUCUUUCCAAACACAGAAAACAACAUCAAAAUCCAGAAGAAGCUCAAAAAAUUGAACCAAUUGUUGUUGUUAAAAAGAAAAGACGUCAUACUAAACCAGUUGAACAGGAAGUACCUCCUCCAACAAACGAAAAACCAAAGAGAAAGAGGAAAUCACACGUUUCUUCUAAAGAUGAUCAGCCAACUCCAGAAUUUUUACAUGAUAGAGGUUCUGUUAUUUCAAAAAGUGACAGACAAAUUGAAGCAGUUAUUUCACCUGGCGCUGUACAGCCAUUGCGCAGGAAAUAUAGGAAGCAUGGAAUGCAAUCACCACCGAAGAAAGAAGAAUCUCAAAGUUUAUUGCAAAGUAUUGAUAUCGAAGAUAUUUCGAUUUCUAGAAAGAUUGCAGAUAAUAUUUCCAGUGUAAGAGGAAGUGAAUUCAUGAAUAGAGAGAGGCUAACAAAGAGACAUGAAGCUCUUGACUCAGAAAGCUUCGGAGAAAAUCGCUCAAAUAAGAAAACGAAAAGAAACAGAAAAGAAAAAAUAAAUAGCGAUGAAAAUAGUUCCGAAGAUGACGAAUAUUCAAGGCUGAGAAAAGAAAGAUUCUCUAAACCUAUACUACCUGAGGAAUUGACUGAUUCUGAUGUUCCAAUGCCAUAUAGACCUUAA